AUAUAUAUUUUAACUAAGAGAUCACGAAUAAUAAGAGAAAGAUGUAAGCAAAGUGCCAUUCUUCGAAAAAAAAUAUCUUUUUAUGUUUGGUCUUGACAUUGAAAUGUAAAUUGUGACCAGUACCUGCACAUUAUGGUAGAUAAAUGGUUAUGGAAUGUUAGAGGAUGCGAAUAGUCUAUCUUUCCGGAUAUCCGUUGGUAUCUGGGUUCCCUAAAUCAAUUUCCUUUUAGUGAAAAGCAGUAGUAUAGUUGAGAUGGCUGUUUUGGUUUGUCGUCGUAAUGAUGCAACGUGAAAAUGCACGUGGAAAUGUUUUGACAUUUUAGAAUUUAUUUUUUUGAAAUCGUGUUCCGUUUUUUAUUGGAAGUGAUUUGUGAAUUUAUAGCUUCCAGGUUGAAUUUUAAAACUCGAACAAAAUUGAAUAUCUCAAAGAAAUUGUAGUUCUUAUUUUUUCCCUGUUGUUUUAUAAAAGAGUAGCAUACUUGUUUCAUGUAAAAUAACCGAACCUAAAGUGUGAUAAUUAUUUUAUUUUUAAAAACAUCCCUUGAAAAAUAUUUUAUUGUAUUCUAGCUAUAUAUUUUAUAUGAAAUAAGUUUUGAUAAAAACAGCUUUUCUUUUAAUUUUUAACCUCUUACUCUUGUGAAGAAAUUCAUUUAUUUGUUUAAUUUUAACUAUAUUUAAUAAAAUUUUACUAAGACCAGAAAUCAAUUAAAAUAGUUUCAAAUAUUAUUGUUUCAUAAGUUUGCUCAAUUUUUGAAUGUUGUUAGUUACUUCUUUUAAAUAGUCUAACUCUGUAUAUUUAAGAAUAUAUAAUAUAAUUAUAAAAAAGUCGUAUAUAUAUUAAAAAUAAAAUUGGUGCAAAAAUAUAUCGUAACAGAUUCAUUUAUAAAACGGUAAUCUGUGAUUAAGUUAAGAUUUGAAACUGUAGAAAAGGUAUGAAUCUGUAAAGUUUCUUUGAAAGUAAUGAAUUAUGGGAAUGGGACAGUCAUGCAAAAAGAAGAAAAAGAAAUUCAGUAUUACACAGAUCGAUGAAUCAGGAGCAAAACCAGUUACUUUGGAUGAUUUUCAAAUAUUAAGAGCUAUUGGCAAAGGAAGUUUUGGAAAAGUUUGUAUUGUACAGAAAAAAGACACCAUGAAAAUGUACGCUAUGAAGUAUAUGAACAAAAGUUGCUGCAUUGAAAAAGAUGCAUUCAAAAAUGUUUUGAAAGAAAUUGAAAUUUUGAUUGAGCUUGAGCAUCCUUUUUUGGUUAAUCUGUGGUUUACGUUUCAAGAUGAAGAAGACAUGUUCAUGGUUACAGAUCUUCUACUUGGGGGAGAUUUGAGAUAUCAUCUGCAGCAAAGUAGUUCCAAUUUUGAUCAAGAUCGAGUAACACUCUAUAUAUGUGAAAUCGCAUUAGUUUUAGACUACCUAAGGUCAAAAAGAAUCUUGCACAGAGACAUUAAGCCAGAUAAUAUUCUAAUAGAUGACACUGGGCAUGUUCAUAUCACAGAUUUUAAUAUAGCAACAAAUUUAAAAGAAGGAGAAGCAGUUACAUCCGUAUCGGGUACAAAGCCAUACAUGGCUCCUGAAGUUGUUGCUUGUGCUAUAGACCAUACAGUUGGUUACUCUUUUGCAGCAGACUGGUGGUCUCUUGGUAUAACAGCUUAUGAAAUGGCUUGCAAAAUGAGACCAUAUGGAAUUCAUUCAGAUACAAGUAUGGAAGAAAUCCAUUCACUCAUUCAUAAUUCAUGUAUUCGAAUUCCAAGAUCAGUUGACAAAGGACUCGCAAGUCUCAUUAAUGAAUUACUCUGCAUCAAUCCAAAACGACGAAUAUCAUCCAUUAGGCAUAUGAAAAGGCACCACUACUUAAAACCAGUGGAUUUCAACGCUGUAUACAACAGGCAAAUUGCACCUUCUUUUGUUCCUUGCAAAAACCAGCUAAAUUGCGAUCCAACAUUUGAACUCGAAGAAAUGAUAAUCGAGUCGAAUCCACUGCACAAAAAGAAGAAACGCCUUUCUAAAAGAAAUAAAGCAAAAACUGUUUCUUCACCUCAACAAUUAAGCGAGGAUGAUGAGUAUCUUCGGGAACAACUGGACUCUAUACAGAAAGAUUUUAUACUUUAUAAUCGUGAAAGUGAGCUUCAAAAUCAAAAAAUCGAAGCGAAAAGAAAGUUAUGGGAAGAGGAACUAGCCAAAAUAGUCGGCUAAAUUAUCUUUGUAUUGCAGCGUAUAAGAAAUAAACGCAAUUAUCUUGUGAAAAACUGUUUAAAAAAGCACAGAAAGAGUCAAGCACAAAAGUGUUCAAUUGUGGCAAGUCAGUGAUCUCUUUACCAGUGUUUGGUACCCCACGUCCAUGCAUUUCAAAAAAUUUCGUCCAUUGUAUUUUACAUGGAUUGUUGAUGUUUUUGCCUUUGGAAUCUUUAUUAAUAGAUAAAUUGUUAGUAGUUUUAAUAUGUUUAUCAUCCGUGUUUUAAAAGCAACACUUGCCCUUGAUUGUUCCUUUUUCAAUCUUUCACUUAAAAAUAAAGAUUUUCAAGCACA